CAGCAAGGCCCAAGCAGAGCCAGGAGGGGCAGUGGGGCUGGGCCUGGGUGGCCCCACCAGCCCCGCCCCCGUCUAUCUUUGGGAAUUUAUUUGUCCACGGGUGCGGCUGGCCCUCAGUCCAUUGCCUUCCAGGGGCUAAGGCUGCUCUGACCACCCAAGGAUUCUCUUUCCAGCCCAAAUGCCUCCAACUGACCUCUGACUCCUGUCCCCUGGCCUCACCUGCCCUGCCCUGCUCUUCCUAAGGGACUGGGAGGCCCCAGAAGGUCUGCUGUAGACGUGGGUGUUGUCAUCCAGCUCACCCUGAGAGGAGAGGCCGCGCAGGGGGCUUGGUUCUGAGCCCAGCUGCGCCCACCAUGGCGCGGCGGCUCCAGGACGAGCUGGCUGCCUUCUUCUUUGAGUACGACACUCCCCGAAUGGUGCUCGUGCGCAACAAGAAGGUGGGCGUUGUCUUCCGACUGAUCCAGCUCGUGGUUCUGGUCUACGUCAUUGGGUGGGUUUUUGUCUACGAGAAGGGCUACCAGACCUCAAGCAGCCUCAUCAGCAGUGUGUCUGUGAAACUCAAGGGCCUGGCCAUGACCCAGCUCCCGGGCCUUGGCCCCCAGGUCUGGGAUGUGGCCGACUACGUCUUCCCAGCCCAGGGAGACAGCUCCUUUGUGGUCAUGACCAACUUCAUCGUAACCCCAAAGCAGGCUCAAGGCUACUGUGCAGAGCACCCAGAAGGGGGCAUAUGCAGGGAUGACAGCAACUGCAUUCCCGGGAAGGCAGAAAGGAAGGCCCAAGGCAUCCGCACGGGCAAAUGUGUGGCCUUCAACGGCACUGUGCAGACAUGUGAGAUCUUUGGCUGGUGCCCUGUGGAGGUGGAUGACAAUGUGCCUCGCCCCGCCCUUCUCCGGGAGGCCGAGAACUUCACUCUCUUCAUCAAGAACAGCAUCAGCUUUCCACGCUUCAAGGUCAACAGACGCAACCUGGUGGAGGAGGUGGAUGCUGCCUACAUGAAGACCUGCCUGUACCACAAGACCCUGCACCCUCUGUGCCCUGUCUUCAGGCUUGGCUAUGUGGUGCAGGAGUCAGGACAGAGUUUUAGCUCCCUGGCGGAGAAGGGCGGGGUGGUCGGCAUCACCAUCGACUGGAACUGUGACCUGGACUGGCAUGUACGACACUGUAGACCUGUCUACGAUUUCCAUGGCUUGUAUGAGGAGAAAAAUCUGUCUCGAGGCUUCAACUUCAGGUUUGCCAGGUACUUCGUGGAGAACGAGACCAACCACCGUCACCUCUUCAAGGUGUUUGGGAUUCGCUUUGACAUCCUGGUGGAUGGAAAGGCCGGGAAGUUUGACAUCAUCCCCACAAUGACCACCAUCGGCUCUGGGAUUGGCAUCUUUGGGGUGGCCACAGUUCUCUGUGACCUGCUGCUGCUCCACAUCCUGCCCAAGAGGCACUACUACAAGCAGAAGAAGUUCAAGUACGCAGAGGACAUGGGACCAGGGACGGGCGAGCGUGACCCCGCAGCUACCAGCUCCACCCUGGGUCUGCAGGAGAACAUGAAGACAUCCUGGCCCUCAGACCCUGACUCCUGACUGGAUGCAGCGUGAGGCUUCAGGCUGGGUCCCAACGUGAACAGAGGGGUCUCCCCAGGAAGUCUCUAACCUCUCAGCCAGGCAGACACCAGCACUGCAGAAGCUUAAAUGGACACUAGGAGGCCCAUGUGCAAUUCUGGGCUCCAGUCCUGACUCCACACCCCCCCAGUCUUAGCCACUCCUGCUGGGAAAGAGCUGGGGUUGAGUGGAACCCUCUCACACACCUGUCCCCUGACUUUGUGUUUCUCUCUCUGGGCCCUCAUCAUCCAUCCCACUGCCUCAGUUUUUCUAGAUCUGUGCUCUAUAAUGUGGCAGCCACGAGCCACAGGUGACU